AUGAGUGCAAAUCAAACUGUCGUCGUUGAUUUUCUCAGAGGAUCAAUGGAGAACGAAUACAAACCCAGAUUGCCUAAACCUCCAACCAGGUUGCAGAAGCAGGCGCCGGCCAGUCUUCAUCUCGAUCAACUUUCAAGCGUCUCAAUGUCUUCUGCUAGUAACGACAUUUGUUCCAAGGCGAUUCUUCCUCUCCUAUCGCCACUUCCUCUAUCGCCACAGCCCUUGCCUGAAAUCGACGGAAAUAGAAUAUCUGCAAACGGAAAUGCCGUAGACGGCGGCGGUGGUAAUGGGGAUCAAAGAGGAAUAGGUUUUGUAGCUCCUGGUGGUUGGCAACAUCCGGCAGUGGCAGCGACAUUUCCUGAUCCUUCUACGCUGUUUACUUUCUUUCAAUCGCAAUGCAUGGUAAGCAGUAACACACCGUAA